CGGCGGCUCCGACCACGGCUGCAGCUGCUGCAACUUCUGCCGCGCCGCCCGCCGGGGACGAUGGUACUACUGCGGGUAAACCCGCUGUUGAGCAACAGGACGCGGAAGAAGUGGACAAGUUUGUGAUGUUGUUUCUCUCGAACGUGAAGCGCGCGCUGAAGGAACCGCACUCGAAGGAGGGCUGUGUGUCCCUGCUGCAGUUGGCCACCCCGGACUUCGAAUUGGCGCACUUCAACGACGAGGGGUUGCGCAAGAAGGCACUGAUGGAGAUUAACAAGCGCGUGCAUCCGGACAAGCACACCCCCGCGGCGCGCGUGAUUGCGACCGAGGUGUUCCAGGCGAUGACCGAGUACGUUAACGUGUGCGUGAAAGCUCCCACCCCGCGGCAGACCAUGACCAGCCGGGAUACAACUACUUCUACUGGUGGCGCAGCUCGUGCUUCAGCUCCGCCGUCGUACGUCUUUGAUCCGCAGUCCCGCAAGCGCUACCGCGACGAGGAAGAGGAGGACGAGCUGUUUGCCUGCCACGUCGAGGAAGAGGUGUCCGAGGAGCAGCUGCAACCGUACGAGAUGAGCGACGAGGGCGCGGUGCCGCCCGGGGGGAACGGUGAAAAGUUGCCGGAGCAAUUCAACGCGUUUGAAGUGACGGAGUUCCAGGAACUGGCGGAUGCGACGGAGUGGAACAAGUUUUUCCGCCGCACCGCGGACGCGCACCACGACGCCCGCGUCAUGGCCCUGAACUGGAACGCGCAGUUGUUGCACAAGCGCAAACUGGCCAAGUGGUUCGUCGCGGAGCGGACCGACAAGCAGAAGGCGAAGGAAAAGUUCUUCGUCCACACCGAUUUGACCACGAUUGAGAUCAAGGAGAUGAUCCUGAAGCACGGCCCGGUGAUCAGUACGCAGUUCGUCCCCACGAAAUCCCUCGCGAGCGUCUGCGCGCCCACCGUGUGGUUGCAGGGCGCGGUCUUUCGUGCGCACUACAUCGGGAAGCACCACCCCGUGCUGCUGUGCGGGUGGACGACCACCAAACUCGGUGAGGCGUGGCUGGUGAAGCCCUUGGGCCCCUCCGACAUUGCCCCGCUGGGGCACAAGAAGGAACCGGAGCAGGAGAUGAAGCAGAUCCGCGGAAGUGACGAAUUCGGCUCUGCCGGCGACCCCCCGCGGAAGGAAAAGGCGGCGGCCAACAAACCGGGCGUGAAACUGAUCCCCGUCAGCAUCGGGCAGUUCGGGAUCAACAAGGAGAUUGAGUCCGUGAACGUGGAAAUGCUAAUGGACCAACCGUUUCAGGCCGGACCGUUUUUGGGGUUGACGAAGGAGCUGCCGGAGCACAUGAAGAACAGCUGGCGCACGCUGUCGAAGUACCAGUGGACCGGUACGGCGGCCGACCUGCCGAAGUUGUUUGCCGCGACCCGGUACUCGGAGGAGGAUAACACGUCCAAGACGGGGAAGUCGUGGAAGAACGGGAUCGUCCAUGCGGCGACCACGGAAUCGUCGUCGGUGGAGUUGCACCAGCUGGGCAUGCGGGCCUGCAGUCGCAAGGCGGCGCUGCGGGAGCUGGACUACGACGAAAAGACCAUGCAGUUCCGGGCCUUGUUCGCGCUCGACGCGAUGACGUAGGCCGGGAAGGAAGGAGUUCGGAAUCGGGAAAAUUCGUGUCUUUCUUCUAGUUCUACUUCUUCUAUUGUUGAGCCGAUUUCUUUAUUGAUGCUUGCUUGCUUAGCAUUGAGUAAGUAGUACGCACGACUGACGUACCUACUCGCUACCUAGCUGUACGGCUACGACGAAAGAUAAGUUUCGAUCUAAAUCGCUUUUGUUUCUCGUUGUUGUAGUUUGUUUUUACAGGAGAUUGAUUUACAGUUUGAGUUUCCACUGUUAGGUUUACACUUUUCAAGUUUAUGAAAUCACUUCAGAAUUCAAAACCUUUCAAUUUCUACUAAAUUUCAAUUUCGUUUUGGCAGUUCUCAAUAUUAUCGCGCUUUCACAAAAAAUUGAAGUAUCAUUCCAUUUGUGGUCUUUUGUUUCACAGCAUUGCAAGAAGAAAAAGAGAACAAGGUAACAAAGUGAAUCUUCACUAUUUACCUGUGGAUUACGAUUAGCUGAAAAAUUGCAACCGCGCACAAGAUUCAAAGACAGAACCUUCAAUUCCAACUGUACCAUAGAGAUUCUUGUUUAUUGAUAUUGCAGUACCGAAAUAUUGUUUUCGAAACUAAGUAUUCGUAUUCCGACCGUUAACAGAUUAAUUUAUAGGUUGAAGUUGAUAAUUCGAGCAGACGCAGAUCAGCCACACUGUACACCAUGAUUUAUUUUUGCAAAGCUUGCAUUUCCUCUCUUCACUCUUAGGCAGAAAACAAGGUGAGUGCAAAAUAGGAGCAAUAGAAAAAGAAAAAACGAAGAAGGUAUAGUAAGGAUCCGCCUGAAAGGUCGGGGUUGCCUCCACUUUUCUAACAGCGUGAGUCUUCUUCUAAAACCCAGAAACCAGCAAACCUUAUCUACCUCUUCAUGAAAACGUAAAAGUAAAAGCCG